CUCUCAGAUCCGCGUACUUGUGGUUCUCCCCUCCGUCCCCGCCAUCUCUCAUCUCUCCGUCAUGAUCUCUGCCCCUCCGCUCAUGCAAGCCCCGCCGGCCGCUGCUGGGUUCCGUCGUGCCUCCCCAUGCUCCUCCCGAAGGGCCACGGUCCGGUGCGCCGUGGCCGUCGCGUCGGCGCCGCCGGCCGGGCGGUGCACGCUCUACGAGGUGCUUGGACUUCAAGCCGGCGCGACGGGCGGCGAGAUCAAGGCCGCGUACCGGCGCCUGGCGCGGGAGCUGCACCCGGACGUGGCUGGCGCGGCCGGCGACAGCUUCAUCAGGCUCCACGACGCGUACGCCACGCUCUCCGACCCGGACGCCCGCGCGCGCUAUGACCGCGACGUCGUUGCCAACGCCUACGCUCAGCCGCCCGCUUCCAGGCCCUCGCCGCACAGCUUCUGGGGCCGGCCUCGACGCACCUGGGAGACCGACCAGUGCUGGUAGAUGAUCCGACCUUGGUUGACACUGCCACUACCGGCGUUCUCUCGCCGCCGUGUGGCCAUGGCCGCUCACCAUAGAAUUUUUGUUACGGUGACCGACCAUCCAUGCGUCUGUAAAUAUAACCUCCCCUUCUUCUUUUGCUGUUCUGAUUGUUUUGUAGUAAUCUUCAGAAACAUGUGUACGUAGGUAGAAUCGAUCUUGACUCAUAUGUAAUUACUACAGUUCAAAUUUUGAAGAAACUGGCCCUCUACCCUGCAA